UUCAACCCGCCUGUGCCGUUUGUGCACAACUUUGGCGGCCUCUACCCAAACAAGAUGAUCGUCAUCAGCGGCAUACCCCUACCGAAAGCUAAGAGCAGGUUCACUAUUAACUUAGAACAUGGUGAUGACAUCGCGUUCCACUUCGACGUCAGGUUUGAUAGCAACGUUAUCUUACGGAAUAGCCAGCAGAGAGGUAUUGUUUGGGGCAGAGAAAAAUGGGAGUGUGCAUGGUUUCCAUUUACCCGUGAUGUUUGGUUUGAAAUGGCGAUAAAUGUCGAAACGUCAAUGUUUAAGGUUGUUGUGAACAACCAGCAUCUGUUCGAGUACUGCCACCGUCUUCAGUCAUUGGAGCGCUUCGACUCCCUCAGAAUCACCGGAGACCUUCGUCUGACACAGGUCCGUUUCCAGGGAUAAACACAAACGUUCUUGUUAUUGGUUUCAGUUCACCAUCGGUGUAAAAGAGUUUAAUCAACGGAUGUGUCGUCAUUUUCAUCAAAAAUGGUUCGAAUUUAUGUGAUGACACAUACAAAAAAUUAUUUCAUAAUAUAUUUCAAUUUACUUGAUUUUUAAUCAAUCCUAUUUUGAUUGUUACACAAUAACUAAGUUGAUAAUGGUAUCGUACCACCAUUGUAGAGCUUUGUAAAAGUGAACUAUCUGUCAUUAUACCCCCGACAAACGAAGUUUGAAGUGGGUAUAUUGGAGUCACCCUGUGGUCGGUCGUUCGGUCGGUUUGUCGGUCGAUCCGUUGCAAUUUACCUUGUUCGGAGCAUAACUUAAACACUACUGGAUGUAAUUGGAUGUUACUGAGUUAUUGCCCUUUUGUGUUUGUUUUUGCUGUCAAUUUUUUCCAGACAUUAACUUGCAAACUACUAGAUGGAAUUUAUUGAAACUUCAUACCAUGGUAAAGCACAAUGAGAGGAAGUGCAGUGCACAAGAACCACUUUAUUUUAGCUAAUUGCAGAGUUAUGGACUUUAAUACUUUUUUCUUGUUUUUCAUGUUAAAAAGUAAUUGGCAUUACUUCUAAAGUUUAAUUCGAGAUACUUUUUGUUCUUUUGCAUAAAUGUAUUAUAUAUGAAUGUAAAUAUAUUUUCCGAAAAAAAGCAUUAUCAUGUUUCUUGUGUGGGAUAAAUAAAAGAAAGUGGUGCAUAAUUUGUUUGACAUAAUCAUACUCAUUGUACAGCAAGUAUUGAUUGUCCAUUUCCAUUACAAUUAGUACAAUUUAGCAAUGUUGACAUUUCAAUGUGUCAUUUCCUUGUCCAUUCGAUUGCCCUCCUUUAUGAGCGACGGAGUCAGGCGGAGCUCAAAAAUG